UCGGCGCUCCGGCGGCCGCUCCGGGCCAUGGCGCGCUCCUGCUCCGCGCGGCUGCACGGCGACGCGGCCGCCUUCUCCGCCGCCCUCCGCUCCCUGCUCAACAACCCGCAGUUCAGUGACGUGACGUUCGUGGUGGGCCGCGAGCGGCGGGAGGUGUUCGCGCACCGCUGCGUGCUGGCGUGCCGCUGCCAGGCCUUCCGGGGCAUGCUGAGCGCCGCGGGCGGCCCCGCGCCGCGCGCACCCCUCGUGCUGGGCAACGUGCAGCCCGACGUCUUCCUGGCCGUCAUCGAGUUCCUCUACACCAACUGCGUCACCCUCGACAGCCACAUCGCUCUGGAGGUGCUGACCUCGUCGGUGGAGUACGGCCUGCAGGAGCUGUGCAAGCUCUGCGUGGAGUUCAUCAAGGAGACGCUGAGCGUGGAGCAGGUCUGUGAGGCCCUGCAGGCCGCGGUGACCUACGGGCAGGGGGACCUGCAGCAGCACUGCCUCGCCUUCAUCGAGGACUGCACUGCGGCAGUGGUGCGGACGCGGGGCUUCCAGGAGCUGUCGGACGCGGUGCUGGCGCGGGUGCUGCGCAGCGACCGCCUGGCUGUGGACGAGCUGGAGCUGGUGCAGGCCGUGCGGGAGUGGGCGCAUGUCAGCUCGGCCGUCUUGGAGCGGCCGGUGCCCGAGGUGGCGGCGCUGCCCGUGCGUGAGCUGCGCUUGCCCUUGCUGGCGCCCAGCGAGCUGGCCACGCUGGAGAGCCACAACCAGCGGGACCUGCUCAUCCCGGCGGAGAGCAUCACGGCGGCCUGGAGGUGCCACGCGCUGCGCAGGGGCAGCGGGGUCCCCGCACGGCUCUGCCGGCCCCGCCGGGGCACCCGGCCCCGCGAGCACCACCGCCACCUGGACCCCCACGGCAAGUAA